GAGUCUCUGUGACAGGUAUAUAAGGUGAGGCUCGGCUCAGGGGGAUGAUCCUGGGAAGAAGAGCUGGUGUUUGUUGGAGGCUGCUCCGUGCUCCCUGGAAGAUGGAUUACGCCAAAUCCCUGAGCCAGCGCCUGGCUGCCCCCGUGUCCAAAUGUGUCUCUGCCAGUGCCUCCAUGACCCAGCAGCUGCUGGCGGGCCCGGCCCCACCGUCCCGGCCCUACCGCGUGUGCAACUGCGACCGCAGCCUGCGCAAGGGCGUCAUGGCCCCGAGCCUCGCCGAGCUGCUGUGCCAGGCUCAGAGUGCCCUGGCCCUGCCGGCGCCCAUCGUGCUGGUGCUGGAUGAGGAUGGCACCGCCGUGGAGACAGAGUCGUUCUUCCGGACGCUGGAGGAGGGCACGGCGCUGAUGGCCCUGAGCAAGGGACAGACCUGGACUGCCCCCAAGACACGUGGCUACCAGGUGAGCCUGUCCCGCAAGCCCCCGCGCAGGAUCGACGUCGCCUGCGUCACCUUCGACCUGUACAAGACCCACCCGAAGGACCUGGGCUGCCUCAACGUCAAAGCCACCCUGUAUGGCACCUACAGCAUGUCCUACGACCUGCGCUGCUACGGGGCCCGGCGCCUGGUGAAGGAAGCCCUGCGCUGGGGGCUGUUCACCAUGCAGGCCACGGGCCACGUCCUGCUGGGCACCUCGUGCUACAUGCAGCAGCUCCUGGAUGCCACCGAGGAGGAGCAGAAGGAAGAGGAGAAGAGCCCGCUGCCCCUUCAGAACCUCCUGCCCUGCAGCCUCCCCGCCCUGCCCUACAAGAAGAUGUCGCAGUGAGGGUUGGCUGGCCUGGCCUGUCCCCUCUGCUGUCCCCCCAACCCUCGGGGGUCCCAGCACCCCGCUAGGUCAAUGCCUGGGCCGAGGCUGCCGCGGUGCCUGGCACAGCCUCUCCUUGCACUCUGCUGGCUGAGUGUGGCCAAAUCUGCUCUGGAAUAGCUGCUGCUCUGUAAAUAUAUUUAUUUAAGUAAAGUUCUCCUGAAUUCA